AUGAUCAGCAGCUCUCACGUCCCAGCAGUGCCCCCCAAUGACUGGCGACCCCAGCUGGGAUUGCAGAAAGACGGGGAGGAGGGCAUUCAGUGUUGGGGUCAGGCUGGCAGGCUAAGUGAAAGGGCUGAAGGUCGUGGUUGGAGAAUGAUGGGAAAUUCUGGCAAGCGUGCAAUGGGCACUCACCCACCCAUCCACCCAGCCCAGCACCAUCAGCAGACCUGGGAGAGGCACCGAAAUGGCCAUUCACUGAUCCAUGGUGCCUCUUCAUUAACGAAGGAAUUUCUUGACUUGGGUCUAUAUCUUUACCAACAGAUCCUGCUGACUUACGAUGGCGGGGUAGUCUGUGGCGCCGUUUUACUCAAUCCCCAGUGGGUUGUCACCGCAGCUCACUGUUUGCAUGGUAAAAAACUGGAAUUGUUUCAUAUCAUUGCAGGUGAACACUUGCUCGAGACGGAAGAAGGCACUGAACAGGUGAGGAACGCAUCCCGGAUGAUCCUACACGAGAGGUACAAUGCAGAAACCAUCGACAGUGACAUUGCACUGCUCCAGCUCAGUGAUCCCAUCGAGCUGGAUGAUUAUGCAGUCCCGAUCUGUUUGGCGGAGCGGGAUUUUGUCUUACGGGAGUUGAACAGAAUCCGGUACUCCACGGUGACUGGCUGGGGGAGGCUGUACGGUGCAGGGAUCAUAGCGUCGACACUGCAGAAGCUCCAGAUCCCGAAGGUCCGGACCUCUGAGUGCCGCCGGACGACAGAGAGAGAAAUCACUCAGAACAUGUUCUGCGCAGGUUACCAGGACGCAAUGCUGGACUCAUGUCGAGGAGAUAGCGGGGGACCACUGGCCACACCCUACAAGGGCAGCUGGUUUUUAACCGGCAUUGUAAGCUGGGGAGAAGGGUGUGCCCGUGAGGGGAAAUACGGAGUUUACACAAAAGUAUACAAAUUCAUCGAGUGGAUACGGCAGUAUGUAAAUCAGGGCAGGCCAACGACCAGCCCAACUGUGUCGGAGAACCGGACUGAAUCGAUGAGAUAAAUGGUAAACACUUCUCAAACUACCUUCAUGCUGUUUUUGAGACAAAUGUGAAAUACAGGAUUGUAAUGUUUCAUCACGAGAAUUAAAAUCACAAAGUGUUGCAA